GACGACGACGAGCACCCUCAGCACCACAAGCAGGGCCAUGCCGAAGCGCAGCCGCAGCGGGCGGCUCCUCGCGCCGCCAGAGCCGCAAGCAGCCGCAGUGGCCACUGUCGAGCGACCAGGCGCGGGGCCUGCGCCGCCAGCCCUCGCUCGCAGCCACCAGCCGGCCACGCUCGCCUCCACAGCGGCGACGCGCGUGCUGGAGCGCUUCUACGUGCGCCUCGUCACGUUCGAGAGCUACCUCUGCGGCAUCCUCCCAAUACACGCGGCGCUGCACGUGGCGUGGUGCUUUGCGCCACAGCGUGGCGAGAGCUCGGCGCAGGCGCAGACGAGAGAGCGCCUGCGCGCCUCCAUCGUCGGCUUGACGGCCGAGGAGGUGGCCGAGCUCGAGGCGGGACCGCUGCCGCAGUUUUGCGACUGGACGCCGCCCGAUCCGCGAGAGCUGGAAGGCGUGCGCAUGCUCGAGGUGGUGGCACAAGCGCAAAGACGGCUGCUGCUCAAGAGCUCCUUGCGCGGCACUGCAGUCGGCUCGUAUCGAGCUAUCGGGAACAUCAUCACUUCGGGAUAUCGCAGUGCCAGCGAGCGUUCGCCUCUGGCUCCCACGACCGGCGGCAUCACGAACUUCCAGCCGAAUUCCAACGUCACAGCUAUCUGCACGGGCGUUGAGUGGCUGUCGCUGCUGCACGGACUCGGCGCAGGCGUCUUCAUCCACGUGCUCGCCAAUGCGUCGCUCUUCAUCCCGGUUGCCGGGUCGCUCGACUGCUACAUGCAGCAGCUCGGCGUGCCGAUCAGCGAAGGGCGGGAACACGGCCUUGCGCCGCGACCGAAGAACAGACAGGUCACGCGCGAGCCUGUGCGCGCACCUGAGGUGCAGACGAAGCGGAAGAGGCGGUUGCGGCGUCGCAAGUCGGCCAAGACGUCGACUGCAGAUGUCGAGCCACCUUCGAGCAUCGCCUCGCUACCGAACGCGCUGCCAAGCGUGGACCUGGCCAAGGGGCCACUGCCGCGGCUCCAGCUCCCGCAUAGAGCGUUCAGCCGGGUCCAGAGCGCGCCGAGCUUCGGCGAGCUACCUCGUCCGGCUCUGAAGGCCGCCUCUGGGCUGGCGAACGGAGCCUUGCGGGAGUCAGAGUCCGCAAAGGAUGCUGCUUCGCGCGCUGUCCCACGGAGAUCACGCUCGUGCGCGCCCGCAUCUUCUAUGCGCGUCCGGUGCGCAGCAAGCGCAGGUCGAUUGUGCUGGGCUUUCCUGCUGCUCACGUCUUUGAACGCACUGCGAAGCCCGACGCUCUGAAACGUACAUUGCGACGUACCGUCGCUGCCGCACAAGGAACCGGCAAGUCUAAACGCUGGGCGAAGCUCACGGAGGAGGACAGGAAGCUGCGCGUCGGCCAUGUGCUCAAGUACAUCUGGCCACGCCAGCACGGCCUGCACA